AUCUGUUCUGUACUUCUGUUUACAGCGCAUCCAUUCCACAACCAAACACCCAAAACAGCACAGAUUUUGAACCAUGGUAGAGAAGAGAAGAGAAGAAAGAGAGCGAGCGAGCCGAUGACGGCAGCAACGAACGAUUGAUUACUGAAAUCGAUUAGCUGCCUCCGGUGUUUUUGUUAGUUUCUAUGUCCGCCGGGCGAAGACGGAGAUCACUGCCGCACCGCAUCUUUGUCCCAUCUCCCUCACCGUCACCGACCAACUCGAUUCACUCAAUUCCCCUCUGAAACGUCGCCAUCGCUGCCCAGUCCCCCCGCCUCCCACGCUAGCGGCCGGCAGCAUCAACGCCCAACGCUGCUACUCAUCAUCUGAAAUCCCAAGGCGGACUCUGCUACUUCUCUCUCUGACUCCGCCUCUCCACUUUCCCCUCCAAAAAUGGCGACCAACUUGCCGAUGACUCCUCAGAUGGAGCAGAUCCACGGCGAGAUCAACGACAAUUUCCGAGCUCUCUCAAAUGGGUUCCAGAGGCUUGAUAAGAUUAAAGAUUCUAAUCGGCAGAGUAAGCAGCUCGAGGAGCUUACUGGCAGGAUGAGAGAAUGCAAAAGAUUGAUCAAGGAGUUCGAAAGUGAAAUCAAAGAUGAGGGGACCAGAAAUCCACCCGAGGUCACUAAGCAACUUAAUGACGAGAAGCAAUCCAUGGUUAAAGAGCUGAAUUCCUAUGUGGCCUUGAGGAAAACGUACAUGAGUACUAACAAGAGGGUUGAACUAUUUGAUACUGGAGCUGGGGCCAGUGAACCUAUGGCGGAAGACAAUGCCCGUAUGGCAUCAGCUAUGUCAAAUCAAGAACUUGUUGAUGCCGGAAUGAAGACAAUGGAUGAGACUGAUCAGGCCAUUGAGCGCUCCAAAAAGGUUGUUCAACAAACAGUAGAAGUGGGCACUCAAACUGCUGUUACUUUAAAAGGACAAACUGAGCAAAUGGAACGAAUUGUUAAUGAGCUGGACACAAUUCAGUUUUCAAUUAAGAAGGCCUCACAGCUGGUGAAGGAGAUUGGGAGGCAGGUGGCAACAGAUAAAUGCAUUAUGCUUUUCCUGUUCCUUAUUGUGUGUGGUGUAAUAGCCAUAAUCAUUGUGAAGAUUGUGAACCCAAACAACAAGGACAUCAGAGACAUUCCUGGACUGGCACCCCCAGCCCCUGCCAGGAGACUAUUAUAUCUAAGGGAUCCAAAAAACCCGUAAGAGUAGGUUCAUUCAUCCUUUUGAAAACUGCAGAAGAAUAGUAAUUCCCAUCCACUACUUUCCCAAAAUCAGCAUGAUGAGUUUGAAGUGGAAGGAAGAAUCCUGCUUGCUAUCGGCGCUAUGUAACCCCAUUCUUGAUUGCUUUGCUUGGCAUAUGAUGUGCAUAUUUCAUUUGGUGAGUGUUUGUUUACUAUAUUUGUUGCAGUAUCUGAGAUCUGCCAUGACCUGUAUUCUUUUUCCCUGUAAAACCACUUCCGUAGCUGCUUUUAGUUGUUUUGAGGCAAGACAAGGCGCAUUCACUGAGUUUGUUCAUUAAGAGGUUCUUUCUGUGUUCGGUUAAGGUUCUUAUUCUGGGUUAGUUCUCGAAGCGUGUAUGCUACGUACUCGUGUGAUUAUGUUGUUUGUUAUAUUCGGUUCUGUUAUCGUAUAUCCAUUGCAAGAUCAUCCACACAGUAUGCUGAAAUCAGUAAUGAUUUGCGAUUAGGUAAUUGGA